AUGUGCGAUGAUAAGCCCCCCUGUAAACACAUAACAACGCUGCACACGUACACGACUGACUACAACGCGGACUCGGUGGAGUGGUGCCCCCACGAGCCCCACCAGAGUGUUUUCGUGUGUGCGAAUUAUCAAUUGAACCCAGAGACGGGAAAGCGAGUCGGGUGUAUUUUACUCUUUUCUGUUACGAGCGAUGAAUUGAUUUUGCACCAAAAAAUCGAAACUGCGGCGGUUCUGGACCAGAAAUGGUGCCACAAUAAAAUCAACGAUUGGGCGCUUUUGGGGGUUGCCAAUGCACAAAAGACGCUCGAAAUCUACGCCCUUAAGGGCGACGACUUGAAAUUGGAGUUUGUCACGUCGUGUCAGUUGGACGAUGACAGGGAGACACUUUUCUUGUCUCUUGACUGGUCCACAGGUAAAUUUGCCAGUGGUGAGCCUGAAAUUGUGGUGAGCGACUCCAAGGGGGCUAUUCACAGGUUUAAGUUACGCAAUUGCGAGUUAAUCAAAGCGGAGAGUUGGCACGGGCAUGAGUUUGAGGCGUGGAUUUGUGCCUUUUAUUAUUGGGACCCCAAUAUUGUCUUCAGUGCAGGCGGCGACGAUUGUCGCUUUUUAAAAUUCGAUAAAAGGGCGGGAGUGGGGCCACUUUCAUGCAACAGGAGGCACGAAGCCGGAGUCACUUCCAUGCAUUCAAACGUUGGGAAAGAAUUUAUUUUAGCCACUGGGAGUUACGACGAAACCGCUAGAUUUUGGGACAUCAGACAGUUGAAAAAUUGUCUUUCUUUGGUUAAAAUGCCGGGGCCUUUGUGGAGGCUCAAGUGGGAUCCCUAUGACCAUAAAUACCUGCUAGCGGCUUGUAUGCUGGGUGGGGUUCACAUAAUUGAUAAUUCCGAAAUAAUCGACAGUUAUUACCAACAUAAAAACAUUGCUUAUGGGGCUGAUUGGUCACACCUCCAAACGAACGAACCCCUAAUCGGUUCUUGCUCGUUUUACGAUAAUUUAUUAUGCGUAUCAAAGGUGGAACUUGAUAAAUGAAACAAGAGAAUUGUCAUUUAUUCUUAUUUUAUUGUACAAAUAAUACAAUAAAAAUUUACGAACUAGCAGUUGGUGCAGCUUUCUCCUCUUCCUUGAUCCUGUCCUUUUUGAGUGGACCCAUGAACGCGGCUUUAUCAGCUGCGGUCUGGAAUCUACCAUGUCCGAAUUUAGACGAAGUGUCAAUAAACUUGAGAUUAAUUUUCUCAAGAGCCACACGUUUCGUGUGAACCAACAGUGACUUCCUCAGGGUGAUGACACGUUUUUUGGGGCCCAUGCAACAUCCCUUAAUCAUGAUAAAGUCGUUGUUUACUUCACCAUAAUGAGGGAAGCCACCCAUUGGCGUGAUAGUUUUUUCGGUCAAGUCGUACUCGGUCGAGGCAUUGUUCUUAAUGACCUAAACAAAACACAAAAUUACCAAACUGAACGUGACACAAAAAAUUAAUUAACUAAAGUGUGACAUCAGUCCUAUCAUUUAGGAAUCACAGAUUAUUUCAUAAUCCUUUUGGCUUCAAAGGUGUCAUCAUGUAAACAACAAAUAAUAAAAUAUGUAUAAAAUUGUUUCACACCUUUCCGUCCUUGGUGUGAAUCCCGGCCCCAAUACGGUAGAUUUUCUUGUUCAUUUCCGUACGGUGGUGGUAGCCCUUUUGACCAGCACGGGCCACUGUGAACGAGACACGUGACGGAUGCCAGGCCCCAAUACAGGCCACUUUCCUCAACCCUUUGUGCGUCUUCCUGGGCAAUUUUUUCGUAUGCCAACGCGACGUCACACCUGAUAAAUCACAAUCAAUGUCAUAACUCACAAAAUCACCACCAAAAAAUUAAUAAAUUUCAAUAUAAAUCAGUAGGAAGGCAGCAUGGUUGUAUCUUCACUAAAAAAUCUGAAGGCACAUCCAUGUUUUGUCAUCACACGUUAGUAGUACAGCAAACUAGACACUAACUU